GCUGUGCGCCGCACCUCCAGUAGCACAUAUAACCCAUCCAUCAUCGACUCCGAGUCGAACAAGCGAGUAAACCACACGAAGACUCCAAAUGACCAACAGCGUACAGUCCAAGGACGGCAUACCGAUCUCGGUCGGGGACACCGUCUACACGAAGAUCCGCGGCGGAAGGCACGAGGGCGAGGUCGAGGCCAUCGCGCAUGACCAGGAGGAGGCAGAGCAGGUCUCCGAGGAGCUCGGGACGAGCGUGAAGAAUCCGCCCAAGGUGGUGUUCUCCGACCAGCACGGCCACCGCGUCUCUCAUAAUCCGGGGACCCUCACGCAUCCGGAGGGCUCUGGGUGAGCUCCGGUACGACGUGGGUCAAGAUGGAACAAUAGGAACAUGGCGAAAGUUCUCUUGCGGAGGGAGUGUACGAUGUAUAGGUUCGGUCAUACGCAGCAUUGAGAUUAUUUCGAAGCGACGGUUUCGCUGAUGAGAGCCUGAGCGAAGCGUUGCGACAAAGUA